AUGCGCUCCUCUGUCCUCCUCUCUGCAGCAGCCCUCUGCGGCCUGUCCCUCGCCCACUUCGAAGUCAAGUACCCCGACACAAUCGGCUUCAAAGACGACGACGAGGACAAGUCUCCCUGUGGUGGCUUCACCCCUGACCUCUCUAAAGAUAAACUCGUCGAUUUCCACGUCGGAGGCGAGGCCAUUGCUCUUCGCUCUACUCACCAGCAAGGCAACUGGCUCUUCCGCGUCACUCUUGACGAAGAGGCCUCUGGCGGCUGGGAACAGGUCUACCCUAUCGUUCAGCAGAGCGGCCUAGGCGACUUCUGUCAACCACAUGUCACAGUGCCUGAGAAAUACGCCGGCAAGAAGGGCUGGGUGAACGUUGUAUCUUCGGCAGUUGAUGGUCUUCUCUACCAGUGCAUUGCUGCCAAUUUCGUCAAGGGCAAGGCCGAUGCGCCCAGCGAGUGCAAGAACGCAUCUUCGGUCAAAGCAUACUUUGUCGACGACGACAAGCUUUCUGCUCUUGUGGAUGGCGGAUCAAAUUCGACGGAAUCAUCAACUGGCACGGCCACAAGCACUGGCUCAGCGUCGUCUUCCACAGAAUCUAAAGAUUCGGGUGCGGCGCCGCAAUCUUGGUCAGCCAACGGCGUUGGCAUGAUUACCGUGUUGUCCAUGGCAUUCGUUGGAGGCGCUUUGUUUAUUUAG